UCAUCAUUCCUCCAAAAGGACUAACGGUCUGCAGCCAAGUAGGUUAAUCCACUGAGCUGUCGCUACGCAAACAGCGUGUAACUGCUGUUUGAGACGUGAGCCCAACUAGCUCGACGGAGACACGGUGACACGUCGUGUUUGGUGACAUUUACAUGACUGACUUUUAGACUAAACCCAGGUGUAAACUAACUGAAGCUUACCUGGUGUCAUGUCUAUGUGUCAGUGAAAUACCAGCUAACGCUAGCUAGCAGCUAACUAGCUCCUCGGCAGCAGCGGCGGCUAGCGACCAAAACAAACAACACGUCUCUCACCCUCGCCGCUUCGGUACAGGACGACCUGGACAACGACGACGGCCAACGAAAUCCGAAGGUACCACUUACCUGCUUGGGAUGCAAUCAUCAGAGCAGUGUUGCCUUCAUUGUCCUGGUGAUUUAUGUCUAUAAAGGGACAGGUGUGGAGCCCAUAUAUAAUGUCCACGAAACCUUUGCAGCAAGCCACCAUCAAGCCAUUCUGUUGGUAAUAGACAACGAACUCUCAGCAGAGAGACGGAUUCAUUACGGGCGCAUGCUCGGUACAGUGUUGAUGUCGCAUGGUCGUCGGUUUCCUCUGGAGUGUAGUCUGGAAGCACCGAGUCAUCAGAGAGGAUGCUAUCCGAGUCGGACUCGCUCCCCGACAGAGACUCGUCAUCCUCAUCAGGGCCUGAGCCCAGGUGGACGUCCUUUUCUGCAGUGGCCAUCUUCCAGCAGCAGAACAGGUUUCAGACACCAGCCCAGAGAGAAUGUUGUUGGAUACAAACAACCAGGACAUUCAGACGCAGUUCAAGUGGGCCAGGAAGUCCAGUGUGGCUGCAGGAUGCAAAGCAGCAGGAGUGGAUCAUCAUGAAAGGGGGUCACCACCAGCGAGGCUGUGGGUGUCAGCACCUGUUCAGAAAACUUCUCAGCAAAUGUGACUGCUGCUUUGUUCGAGUUCGAGCGGAGUCGUACUCUGUGGCGGGCAGUACCGGCAGCAUCACCCCAUCAGUGGGCCCUGUGCCCCACCAGGCCUCAGGCAGCUCCAGCCCCGGCUCACACUCCUCGUCUGGAGGAUCACGACACCCUGUCAGCACUCUCAAGAAAUGGCUUACCAACCCUGUCUGCAAGCUGAGCUCUGAUGCCAGAGGAGGAGCGGGAAAAGUCGAGAAGCAGAUGUGCAGGUCAGACAGGAGGAAGACGGCAUCGCUCCUUUCCCACAGUGAAACUCAGCCGAGGCCUCUGGAUCCGCAGGACAACUACACCAUCCUCCCUUCAGGAGAUACUGUGUGGACAGAUGGUCUGUUGAGUCCUACAGCUCCUCCAACACAGCCGCCCUGUCAGAGCUACUUAUCUGACCUCCUGCAAGGCAGAGACACUCAGACUCCAAGUCACAAAUCCAGCAUCAACACUCUCCAAGGGGAAGACGGCUGCACUGUGACUGACUACUCAGCUAGCCAGUGGUCUGUGACAGUGGACAGUGAAGAGGAGAGAAACAUUGCACUAGAGAAGAGCAUAUAUGUGCUGACGGAGUUGAUAGAGACCGAACGGUUGUAUGUGGAAGAUCUUGGACUCAUAGUACAGGGCUAUAUGUGCGCUAUGGUCAAUCAAGGAGUUCCAGAGGACCUGAAGGGAAAGGACAGGAUUGUGUUUGGAAACAUCCAUCAGAUCUACGACUGGCAUAAGGAUUAUUUCCUGGGAGAGUUGGAGAAAUGUGUUGGUGAGCCAGACAGCCUGGCCCAGCUCUUCAUCAAACAUGAACGGCGUCUUCACAUGUAUGUGGUUUACUGUCAGAACAAACCCAAAUCAGAGCACAUUGUCUCUGAGUUCAUUGAGACCUACUUUGAGUAUCUCAGGCAGCUGCUGGGUCACAGGUUGCAGCUCAAUGAUCUGCUCAUCAAACCUGUUCAGAGGAUCAUGAAGUAUCAACUACUGCUGAAGGACUUCCUGAAGUACUACAGCAAAGCAGGAAGAGAUGUUGAGGAGCUGCAGAGGGCGGUGGAGGUCAUGUGUUUCGUGCCAAAACGCUGUAACGAUAUGAUGAAUGUGGGCAGGCUCCAAGGUUUUGAGGGGAAAAUCACGGCUCAGGGGAAGCUGCUGCAGCAGGAUACCUUCUCUGUCAGCGAGCAGGAAAGUGGCUUCCCGUCCAGAGCAAAGGAGAGGAGGGUCUUCCUGUUUGAGCAGCUAGUCAUCUUCAGUGAGCCAAUUGAUAAGAAAAAGGGCUUCUCUUUGCCAGGGUACACUUUUAAAAACAGCAUCAAGGUCAGCUGUUUGGGUGUGGAGGAGCACCAUGAGAAUAAUCCAUUCUGUCUGGUCUUGACCUCCCGCGGGACUGAUGGCAGUGUGACGCGCUUCAUCAUGCAAGCAUCAUCUCCGGAAAUACAGCAAGCUUGGCUUGAUGAUGUGGUCCAGAUCUUAGAGACUCAGAGGAACUUCCUUAAUGCCCUUCAGUCUCCAAUAGAGUACCAACGCAGGGAAAGCAAGUCUAACAGCCUGGGCAGGAAUGUGAAGUCUCCAACUGCAUCAGCAUCUGGCCUGCGACCUCACUCCUGUGCAUCCAUGGAUCGACGCCAGCAGCCCUGCAUGCUGUCUUACAACACUUCCCUGCCCUCUCUGCAUCCACCACACCACAGCCCGGCCUUGAAGGUGCUCUCUAAUCCUUGUGCUGCCACACCUGAAGCAGCUCUGCCUCCACUUCCCUCCCACCAGCAGCUCAGUUUGUGCACCAAUGGCCUGCCACCCUUCAGCCAGCAGAGCAUGCAGGGUGUGACUGCCAGUUUCCAGGUGACCGCAUUAGACGAGGGUGCACAUGGACCAAACCAUCUAGAUCAGCUGAAGGAGAGCGAGCAGUAAUGACCUGCACAGACAAAUGAACUCACUUUACCUUCUUGAUGUAGGAGGCAGAGUGCUCUGUCAGCGUUUCAUUUCUGUGCAGAAGUCUUCAAGGUCUCAGUGUCUACAAUCUUCACAUUUUAUGCUAAAUGUACCUCCCUUAAAUACCACCAUGGUUUAUGCUAACCUGGCUUUAAUAUUUGUAAUCAUUUUGCUUUUAGUGUGUG